AUGAGCAAGGAAGGGAGGAUCAGAUCGGUAGCUGUUGUCGGUGCAGGUGCAGCAGGGGCUGCCACGGCAGCGGCUUUGAAAGCCGAGAACUAUUUCGAGAGGAUCCAAGUCUAUGAGAGAAGGGAGACUGCAGGGGGAACAUGGAUCUAUGACUCGGAUCCAAAGCCAGAUCUCCCAGUUCAGCCGGGAAAGCUACCAACGGAUCUCGAUCCGCCCCUGGAAAUCCCCAAGGGAUUGCCCCAAAUCACGACUCCCAACCAACAGGAGCGGUUUUCCAAAACACCAAUCUACAACUCUCUAACCACCAACGUACCUGACAUCGCCAUGUGCUUUUCCGAUAGAAGGUUCCCCUAUGGACCGUUCGUGCCCCAUCACGUGCCACGUCAGUACGUCGAGGGCUACUUCUCACAGUACAAGGCCGAUGCUUUCCUGAGUCUGAACACCACCGUGGAAGACAUAACCAAGUUAAAAGGGGCCUCUAAGCACGACCUAGAUACGUGGAAACUAACGCUCCGAAAGUACGAUCCGACUCGUCAUGUCGAUAUAUGGUGGGAGGAAAUUUUUGAUGCCGUGAUACUAGCAAAUGGCCACUACUCCGUCCCUUAUAUACCCCGCGUCACUGGUCUCGACGCCUACAUCCAGAAAUUCCCCGGCCGCGUGGUGCACUCCAAGUACUACCGCUCCCCGCUUCCCCAUACCUCGCAGCACGUCCUGGUCAUCGGCAAUUCAGCCUCGGGCCGCGACAUCACGACUGACCUUCUCUCAUGCGCUUCCCUCCCUGUGUACCAAUCGCGCCGGUCGCGGUCCCGUUGGGAUGGCGAUGCUCCCCCCUCUCCUGGGAUUCAGUGGAAGCCCGUUAUCACGGAAUAUGAUGCCGACGCGGGUACCAUCGUGUUUGCUGACGGUACAACACUCGGACCUGGCGAGGUAGAUACGGUGAUCUACUGCACCGGGUAUAAACCCUCAUUUCCGUUCUGGAAUACUUGUAGUAAUGGGCAACCGCUAUGGGACUACACCGCCGACCGGCUCGUGGGGAGCUACUGGCAUACCUUCUUUCGCUCACUCCCCACUCUCGGCAUCGUUGGGCUCCCUCGGGUCCUUACCUUCCGGAGCUUCGAGUAUCAAGCCAUCGCUCUCGCACGCAUCUUCUCCAACCGGAAUGCUCGGCCCCUGCCCCCUCUCGCAGAGCAAGAAGAAUGGGAACGCGAACGCGCAGAGAAAACCAAGCAACGCGGCACGAGGUUCCAUGAUAUACGCUGGGAGGAAAAUGGACGCGACACAAUCAAAUUUCUCGAUGGCCUAUUUAGGAUUGCUGGGCUAGGCACCUUGAAGGGCGAGGGCAGAAUACCACCUCCGCUGACGAAGGAGAUGAUUUGGGCAAUUGAGAAUAUUAAAAAGUACCCCGAACCUGGGAAGGACAAGGAUAAAAAUAGAGAAGAGGCGGAACAUAUAGAUGAGAAGGAACGAGAUGCUAUCCUAUCAGGAGAUGAUAAACCCACCGGCGGUCUCGACAACGGGUGGGUAUAUGUCGAUAGAAAGUAUGCCAAUUUACUAGGGUUUAUAUAG